AUAAAGUAAUUAAAGUAUAACAAAUGAAAAAGAUAGUCAAUAUAAAUAAACACGUCCGGAGAAACUAGUAGCAAGAUAAUUGCGAGUGAUAUGAUCAGGAGAGCAUGAAGGGUGGACAUGAGCCCCGGGCAAGCUCCUCCUGCGCCGCUUGCAAGUUCUUGAAGCGAAGAUGCACCCCAACAUGCAUCUUCGCGCCCUAUUUUCGGUCCGACGAGCCUAAGAAGUUCGCCAAAGUACACAAAGUGUUUGGAGCUAGCAAUGUGAGCAAGAUCCUGAUCGAAGUCCCUGAGGAGCAGCGUGAGGACACCGUCAAUUCUCUCGCGUAUGAGGCCGAGGCAAGGCUACGGGACCCCGUUUACGGUUGCAUUGGCGCCAUAGCUUUGCUCCAAAGAAAGAUGGCCGAGCUCCAGCAUGAUCUAGCCUUUGCCAGAGCUCGUCUAGCUCGCUUUGCAGCCCAUUCUUCUUCCUCCUCCUCCUCCUCCUCCUCAUCCUAUUCUUCUUCCUCUUCCUCCUUUUCUUAUGGUGCUAUUUUGGAUGGCAGGCUUAUUACCGAGGCUGCUGCUUUUAGUGGUCUCCCUUCUGCUAAUUGCGCUGGAUUGAGUAGUGGUCUUAUAACUACUGAUCAUCAAGCUUUAAAUAGCCAAAGUUCGUUUGAAUUUUGCCAGAAUAAUUCAGUUUAUCAUGAUUUCAGCUUUGUCCCGUAUAUACUAUAAUGAGUUUGUGACAUAUAUAUAAUAUGAAUCAUGAUCAUCUUCAAUUAUCUAUAUAUAUAGUUUUAUAUGUGGAUGAA